AUGUUGGAGGAGAGGGCACACCGUAAAGAGACUCAGAGAUUGUCGGUGUUGCAGAGGCUAAGUUCCCAAAUCCGGUGUAGUGAGGAAGUGGCUAUACCAGCGCCCAAAAUGGCGGUCCUAGCGCUUGUGGACAAAAAGCUGGCGAGACUUACAGCUACGCCGCUGUCUCCAGAAAUCGAGAGUACACCACUCCCUGCCAGAUUCCACCAGCCUAAGUUCACCUUGUACGACGGUAGGACGGACCCGUACGUGCACCUGAGAGGGAUGAUUAAGAAAGCCGAGCACAUAAGGGAAGUGCUCUCUGUUCAGCCCGCUGUGAAGAAAGGAAAGUCCGAAGAGAAGGAUAUCCUCACAUUUUCCAGUAAAGACUUGGAGAGAAUUCAAAUGCCCCACAAUAACGCCCUAGUAGUGACUCUUUGCAUCAAGGACUUUGACAUCAAAAGGAUCUUGAUUGACCAGGGGAGUUCGGUCGAAAUCAUGUGUUACGACGCGUUCAAGCAAAUGCAGUUGGAGGACAAGGACUUGGCCCCUGCGACUUCUCCUUUGGUUGGCUUUAACUCUCAGCCAGAGUGGCCGGUGGGAAAGAUCAUUUUGCCAGUCAAGGCGGGCUCAGUCAUAAAGCAAGUAAAAUUCUGGGUGCUCAAGGUCCCACCCACCUACAACUUAAUCUUGGGCAGGGGGUGGUUGCACGCCAUGCAGGCCGUAGCAUCAACCUACCAUCAGGUUCUGCGCUUCUCGACGCCAACCGGGCAAAUAGAAGAGGUUCGGGGAGACCAAGUGAUGGCGAAACAGUGUUUUGUUGCGGUGAACGGCAGCCGAGCCGCCAAAGGGUUCGUUCAAAUGAUAGAGGGACCAGAGGGAAAGGAGGUCUUGGAAGACAUGGGAAGAAAGGCCGAAGAGAAAUCAGUUGAAGAUUUGGUAAAGAUGCGCGUAGACGAGAAUGACCCCAACAAGUUCUUCUUUUUGGGCUCAUCCCUGUCCAGCGCCGAGCGACAUGAGUACGUUGACUUUCUGAUUUCCAAUAUGGAAGCCUUCGCAUGGACGCCUUACGAUACACCUGGCGUCGACCCUAGCUUCAUUUUCCAUCAGUUGAAUGUCUUCCCUAAUGCACGGCUGGUCAUCCAGAGAACACGCCGCUUGGCCUUGCACCACGCCGAGGUGGUGGCGGAAGAAGUCAAGAACUUGUUGGAAGCCGGGGCAAUAGAAGAAGUGCAAUACCCCCGAUGGAUAUCCAACACGGUAGUGGUUCCAAAAAAGAACGGACGCACUAUGGAGGCUUACAUAGAUGAUAUGGUGGUAAAGAACAAGGAAAAGUCUCAACACCUCAUCAACCUAGCAGAGAUGUUUGCUACACUAAAACAUCACAAGCUUCGUUUGAAUGUUUCCAAGUGCGCCUUCAGGGUCGGCACUGGAAAGUUUCUGGGUUUUCUGGUCAUGAACCGAGGGAUUGAAACCGACCCAUCCCAAAUCAAGGCAAUACAAGAGCUGGAGCGACCAAACUCCACGAAGGACGUGCAACAUCUCGCCGGGAUGUCAGCUGCGCUGAAUAGAUUUAUAAGUCGGUCCUCGGAUCGUUACAAGCCCUUGUUCAAAACUUUGAAGGCCAAGUUCUUCUGGGAUGACGAAUGCGACCGUGCGCUGGCGGAUCUAAAAGUGUACCUGUCCUCAGCCCCUAUCCUGGUUACACCACAGCUAGGCGAAGAACUGUAUCUCUACUUAGCGGUCUCUCAACAUGCGGUGAGCGCGGUUUUGGUCCGUGCUGAAGGCACCCAGCACCUUUCCAUCUUUUACGUAAGCAAGACCUUGCUCCCUGCUGAAUCGAGAUAUCUGCCGCUAGAGAAAUUAGCCCUGGCCCUGAUGAUGGCUUCCAGAAAAUUGGCACACUAUUUUCUUGCCCACACGAUAGUGGUGUUGACCGAGUUUCCACUCAAGCUGUUCUUUGAAAAGGCAGAUUUUACAGGGAGAAUUUUGAAACGGGCCGUAGAAUUGGGGUAG